GCGGCAGUGGAGCCCCCCGGCCAGGGGAGCGGGCCCCGGCAGCUGUGGAGAAGCGGGGGCCGUACAUGGUGACGCGCGCGCCCUCCCUUCAGGCCAAGCUGCAGAAGCACCGGGACCUGGCCAAGGCCGUCCUGCGGAGAAAAGGCAUGCUGGGGGCCUCCCCGUACCGUCCCGACUCUUCUGGGAAAAGGUCAGUGAAGUUUAAUAAGGGCUAUACUGCACUUAGCCAGAGUCCAGAUGAAAACCUGGUUUCCCUUGACUCUGACAGUGAUGGGGAGCUGGAAUCCAGAUACUCCUCCGGGUAUUCCUCUGCAGAGGUGAACCAGGAUGUCAGCCGGCAGCUGCUCCAGGAUGGAUACCACCUGGAUGAGAUUCCAGAUGAUGAGGACUUGGACCUCAUUCCCCCCAAGCCCAUAAACUCAACGUGCUCCUGCUGCUGGUGCUGUCCCGGGGACUCUUCUUCCUGUACCCUCCAGUAGACAUAACCCCUGAGUGGGCCCUGCUUGCUUUGCUUGCAGAGCACUGUUGGCCCAGGAGUAGCAAGUGUGUGGCGAGAUCUGCUGGCAGCCCCAGAAUCACUGGAGGCACUGACCUGCUGGGCAGGUCACUGACCCCAGAUACCCCUUACCUGGUGCUUUUCAGACCAGAGGCCUCCCUCUGAGUCACGGGGUGACCGAUGGGAUGCUGCCGUUUCCUCCGCUGUUGGCAGCUAGAGAAAUCACUUUAAUAGGGGCACUACUGGGGCUUCAGGUUCUUAUGGCGAGGGACAGAAUUGGCUAAGAAAUAAUCUUGGCUAGUAUUUGUUGUCCUGCUUUGGUGGGGAAAGGAGAGUUUCAGUGCCCAGGCUAUGCUGGUAUUAUAUAUGGAGGCAGAAAAUAGCACUUUAUGACUUGUAGCUAUAAUCCUUGAAAAACAAUUAUUUGGGACCAGUUCAAGAAAUUCUAUACCCUGUCUUCCUCUUGCUUAGCUCCAUAAUGGAUAACUUGUUUGACUUUCAAGAGGUGGUAAAGCAAGACACUUCGGUCCUCUGUAGCUGACCAUGGGUAGAGCACAGCAGGUUGCUUGAUGGCACUUCCAGAUUGCCUGGGCCUGGGCUGGCCCAACUGCCUGGGUGGGUCUAAGGAGACUGCUUAGCCCAUUCCUAGAGAACUGCUCCAUUAUGUACAUAUUUAUUUAUUUGUCUCUUCUUGGUCACCAUUCUUCACCUGAGUCUUGGCUAGUCCCUCCAGUGUUUAAAAGCUGACUAGGUUGGGUGAAGGGACCUAAGCUCACCGAGGCCAGCAGUGUUUGUGGUGACCAGCAGAGGGAGCAGCAGGAAAUAAUCAGGAGACUUCCUAUUUGUUUAGCUUUUUCAACUUGAGAAGUAGCAGUGCAUGGAUGGUACACUGAUGCAGCCCUGUGACUUUCGUCAUAAAGGACAGUGACAGGAUGGGGAGAAGGGACCUGUGUCAGCAUCUGAGGCCCCCACAGAACACAGCGGACACAGGCACCAAUCCCAUGACCUCAGUGGCAUAGCAUUCUUGCUCUGCCUACUCUCUCUCUCAAAUUUAGCUUUUCAUUGUUUUGUUUUGCCUCACCUAGAACCAUGCUGUGGAGACCAAAUGAGAAUGCACAGGGCUCCUAGCCUAAGGGGCAUAGCAGUCAGGAUUAGGGAAAGUUUGAUGUCCUGUGACUGGAGACAUAAGAGGAAUAUGGGGACUCUUCUUGUUUUAUACCAUGAGGUGAUUAGAGGUCAGAAUUUUAGAUAAAAGGCCUUGUCAGUUGGCAGGUGACAUAUGUCCCAUCAGUACUUGAUUGUCAUCCAUUUGGUGCUUUUUCUCAAAUCGUUGAGAGGGUUCUAAGAUGUCCAGGAGACAAUGGCCAAUCUUUAUUGUACAGCUGGCAGCACCACAGGAGGUAGAUGGGACGGACAGAGGCAGCUCAGCUUGGGGUCUGCAGAAUGGGGAUGUGGAUGGUUAUUCUCUGCUGGAAAGGGCUGUGGUGCUCCUCACAGGUGCAGAGCAUUCCCAGCCCUUUGUGUGAGUGCCUACUGGGGGUGAUAGCACCUCCUAAACCCCUCCCACCCAGAGCCUGGGGCAGGCCUUUGUUUCUGUGGAGGUGGAGAAGGACACACAAGAUCAGGGUUUGGAUGUAUGACAGGGUGGGGACUAACUGGUGGCAGUGGAGGCCAGAAAGCUGUUGAAGCCAAGUGGGGGCCACAUUUCUGUGGGGGUGUUAAUUAAGACAGAGUAGCCUAAGCAUUUGGCAGCUUCUGGGUAUGAGGGUGACAGCAGGACCCAAAGACAGGCACCCCUGGGCAGUCGAUGCUCUGAAUCAGCACUGGUGUUUUUGGCUGCAGCUGUCCCUCAGGGCAUGUGCCAGAGCUGGCUGGCCGCUUGGGGGAGGCCUUACCUUUGUAAAAAAACACUACAGACACCUGUAGCUAGGGACAGCAUACAGUGAGGCAGGGCAGACAUGGCCAGCAGUUUGGGGCCAGAGGCCAAAAUGUCACCAAUACAGGCACCAAGGUGCCCAGUGCCUUAAUCGUAGUCCCUGGCUUCUGCAGGUGGCAGUGCCCUGGGCAGAGGAUGUAUCUGACUUACCUCGCAGAUGGGAGUGGCACCCUAGGUAUUUAGAGCACGCCAUAGAACUCUUGGCUUAUGCUUCUACAGCUCUGUAAGUUUAUAAAAAUAAAUACAAAUAUACAAGUUGA